UUUCAAUGACAACAUUUGUUUUGAGCUGAAUGAGCUUAGAUUGUAGAGGGAGUGCCCGCUCCCCCCCUGCCCUCCCCCAGGGCCGACUGGAUCCGCCCCAGGGACAGGAUGGGACGGACCGGGCGGCCUCUCAUUCAUCAGCCCCUGCCUCUGCACGGCUUCAUCAUAUCCAGGGGACAAAAAAAACAAAACAAACACGUGACACAUCUGCAGAAAUAAACAAACAAACUGUUGAACGCGGUGACGUGGAUGCUCUCACUUUCAUUCCUUAACAUUGAGCAAUGCUUUUCAUAUAAAGCUACUACAAUUAUUACAUUACGCUGCUGGUCGAAGGUGGUUCCCAUUAAUCGCCGCUGUUGUCCCGACUGAAGUAUUACUGACCCACUUGUUGCGUAUGGAGGCGUUGCGAGGUGCCCUCUGAUUGGUCCUCGGGGUGUCAGCGGCACUUCAAAGCGGCCAAGACGCUACAACUAGCACGGCAGCCAGGGAGGAAACAGACUCAUCCCAUCCAGACGCACGCGGACACGCAGCUGAAGACAUCGGUGCACAUGGCCGCUACACUGCUGGGGGAGGAGCCCCGCUUGGGCAACACGCCGCUGGCCAUGCUGGCCGCCACCUGCAGCAGGAUCGGCGAUCCCGGCUCCUCGUGCUCCCCCGUUCUCCCCGACGGAGCCCCGGGACUCCUCAAAGGCUUCUACCCGUGGAAGAGGGGCGCUCCGGGCGGCCUGGGCGCCAGCCUCACCACGCUCGUGCCACCCGGGACCCCCAGGAGUAACGGGAGCGGACUGUCGGAGCCCUCCAGCGCCUUCUCGGUGACCAACUCGCUGUUUGGAAACGAGUUUUCGGUGUAUCAGCCCUCGGUGGCGACGGACAACACUGGUGCCGAUCCCGCGAGCGCGCAGCGAUCCGCGUUCCUUUCUAAAUUCCCCCCCUCGGUCGAAGGCAUAGCGGGCGUGUACCCGAGGAUGCACUCGCACCCCUACGAGUCGUGGUUCAAGCCCAUGGGAGACGUGGGCAACGGGUCUGCGGCCUGGUGGGACGUGGGCGGCAGCUGGGUGGACGCGCAGAGCCCGAGCGGCUUGGCGUCUCCUCUGAGCGGCUACUCUUCUGACUAUAGCCUCGGCACCGGUGCGUCCCAGCACCUGCUCCCCGGCGCGCAGCACCUGUUCGAUGGAUUCAGACCCCCCGUCCCCGCUCCCUACUCGGAGCCCACGAGCACGGGGGCGCCGGCGCCGUCGGGAGCCCCGGUCGCCCCCGCGGCCCCGUCCUCGCGCUCCUCCUCCAAGCGCUACUCCGGCAGAGCCACCUGCGACUGCCCGAACUGCCAGGAGGCCGAGAGACUGGGCCAGGGGGGGUCGAGCCCGCGUCGGAGGGGUCUGCACAGCUGCCACAUCCCGGGGUGCGGCAAGGUGUACGGCAAGACCUCGCACCUGAAGGCGCACCUGCGCUGGCACACCGGCGAGCGGCCCUUCGUCUGCAACUGGCUCUUCUGCGGCAAGCGCUUCACGCGCUCCGACGAGCUCCAGCGGCAUCUGCGCACGCACACCGGGGAGAAGCGCUUCGAGUGCGCGGUCUGCCGCAAGCGCUUCAUGCGCUCCGACCACCUCAGCAAGCACGUGAGGACGCACAGCGCCGACGGCGCGGAGGACGGCGGCGAGCAGCGGCCCGGCAAGGGGAGCGACACUGACGUCAGCCUGUCCGGGAGCCCGAGCCAGUCCCCGGGGCUGCACGUGCGUCCGGCCGCCCAAGCCGCCGAGGGACAAUGAACGAAGGCAGCCGGGACUUAAACAAAGCAGCACAGCGGCAUUCGACUACACCGAACAAACCUCCGUGGACUGAAAUGGCACUUUAAUGAACUCGAGCUGUGGAUCAACACUGUGUCCUUAUACCUCAAAUAACCACAGAGUCGCAUUUGUACCUUCUUUAAAAAAAAAGGUUUCUUUUCUACAGUUGAUCAAAUAUUUUGUUAUUUUAAAAUACGUCCUGUGCGCCGUAUUUAUUUGAAUUAAACAGAGCAUUAAUGUA